GUUUGCACACCGACCGACGAGAGCUCGCUGUAUGCACUCUGCGACAACUCCGCAGGGCGAAUUUCUAGUUGUUAUCAUUGCUGUGAACCAUUAAUUAGCAAUUUCGAACAGCAAUGCACCGCAGAGCUGCAGUAGCACUUGGUCGUGUUGCACCGCGGCGCAUCGCUGGCGCCAGCCGCCGGCGCCACCUCGCCGCGGAGGCGGGCGGCAAGCACGUGCCCUGGGGCGUCGCCGGCGAGGGCACGUACACCGCGUCGACGAAAGGGUGCUUCGACGUUAUCGCGCGGUGCGGCCCGCUGGUGCGGGAGGCCACCGAGCGCGCGCUGGCGGCGCGCAAGACGCGGGGCGCCGCCGGCGAGCCGUUUCACAUCGCGGACUUCGGCACGGCCGACGGCGGCACGUCCCUCCCGCUCAUGCGAAACGUCGUGGCGCGCGUCCGCGCCGCGGAGCCCGACACUGCGAUAAUAGUCGGCUACGAGGACCAGGCCCAGAACGACUGGCAGUCGCUCUUCAAGCUCGUCCAGGGACACAUCGAGGGCGGCCCCGAGACGUACUACGAGCCGGACGGCAACGUCUACGCCGUCGCCGUCGGCACGUCGUUCUACGAGAGCUGCUUCGCGCCCGAGUCCAUCGAUCUGAGCUUCUCGGCCACAGCGUUCCACUGGCUCACGUCGUGCCCGGCGGACAUUCCCGACGCGCUCCACUCGGCCUGCACCGCGGACCCGGCGACGAAGAAGGCGUUCGGCGAGCGCGCGCGCAAGGACUGGACGCGCAUCCUCUCGAAGCGGGCCGCGGAGCUCAAGCCCGGCGGCCAGCUCGUCGUCGCGAACUUCGCCACCGACGAGAAUGGCUCGUUCCUGGGGCGCACGCCGGGCAAGCAGUGCAUGCACUCGAACUUCUCCGACCUCUGGCUCAAGGUCGCGGGCGCCGAGGUCCACGCGCAGACGAACUUCCCCAACGAGUACCGCGCGCUCGACGCGUGCCGCGCGGCCUUCGAGAACCCGUUCGUCGGCCUGGCGCUCCGGUCCAUCGAGACCGACGUCGUGCCCUGCCCUUACCACGAGGAGUGGGUCAGCGGCCCGAAGACGGACGCGCGCGCCGCCGCGGAGUACUUCGUGCCGACGACGCGGACGUGGUCCAACUCGACGUUCGUGAGCGGCGCGACGCGGGCGGGCCGGUCGCCGGGCGAGGCCGCGGCGAUGGCCGACGACAUGUUCGCCAAGUACGUCGACCUCGUCGCGGAGGACCCGGCCCAGCACGCGAUGGACUACGUCCACUCCUACGCGCACGCCGAGAAGGCGUGAGCUCGUUUCUCUCGUCCGCAAGUUCGUUUAAACUAAGUAUGAAGCUAU